AGGUGAGUUUAUAACAUAAAUAUCCAGAAUUAUGCCAUCAUUUGAUGGUAGAUGGUAAACGUUGAGUCAUUAAGUCGAUAUCUAGCAACCAUUCCAAUGGCUACCGGAUCCCUCUCACCUUCAGAAUACCGCUCACAAUUCUUCUCAAAAAAAUGGACAAUUACCAUUCCCUCAAACCCAUCUGUGAAAUUCUUCCGCGCAACACCAUCUCACUUUGACAUCUGGCUCCCCAUCGCCACAAACGCCGAUAACAACAAAUUACAGGACAACAAAGACCAAAUCUGGGACGAGGCCGCCAUCUCAAAAUUAAAAAUAGACAUGUAUAAUCAAUACGUCAAAUCUAACACUGAUUUCCACUGUCUAAAAGUUCUAGUAGAGGUUAGUGGGGAGGUAAUCGGAUUUGGGGAUAUUUUUGUCGUCGAACCAGGAGUUGCGAAUAUAGGUGUGGUUUUGAAUAAGGAGGCGAGGGGGAAGGGAUUGGGGAGAUUAACGGUGGGGUUUUUGACGCAGUUGACGUUGGAUUUUGGUUUGAGUGUUGUGGCGGGUACGAUGGGGGAUAAUGCGCCUAUGCGCUUCACGUUGAGGAGUCUGGGGUUUGCGGAGGAGGAGAAGAUUAUUGAGAUUUUUGGUCGGGGGGUGGUGGCGGAGUUUUCUUAUAGUCUUUUGAGGGAUGCUUGGGAGGAGGUUGAGAUGAAUGUGGAGUUUGGCGAGGGGGAGUGAGUUGGCGUGGCUGCGGUUUCGUAUGGUUAAUAUCUGUGGUGAGGUUAUCUUUAAAUUAGUUGCUUUUAUAUUGCAUCAGUAGUCAUCACAAGCUUUUUCUCU